GAGAUGAUAGAAUUUCUUCUUGCAACCACAUCCUAUAGACUGCACAUUUGAAGAAUUAGACUCCUCAAAGGAAAAUUGUGAUCACCUGGCAGUCGUGUCACUCCAGCUGAUCUACAGAACUGUGGCUGAAGUCAAGGUGUUCUGGAGCAUCUGUAACUAAGAAAACAUCUGUUUCUCUAAGUAUUCAAACAUGGGUGACAUGAAGACCCCAGAUUUUGAUGACCUCCUAGCUGCUUUCGACAUUCCCGAUCCAGACCUCGAUGCCAAGGAGGCUAUCCAGUCAAGCAGUGAGGAAGCAGAAAGUCAUUUGAAGCAAGGUGGUAUGGGUAUAGAUGAGUUGUCUAUGCACCACCCCAUACCUGACGUCCCAGUGGUGAGCGUUAUUGUUAAGAACACCAGCCGACAAGACUCCUUCGAUUCCAUCACUGAGAAGGAUGGCCACCAACUUGGACAUAAUUUGCUUCAAAACGGGUUUCGGAAUUCUGAUAUUGCCUCUGAUACCCAUAGUAUUGGAAAUAGUUACAGCAAGAUGGUCACUGCUUUCAUUAACGGAGAUAGUUCCAGAAGCUACUCUGAUAAAUUUGACACCCCAAGGUCAGAAGCUCUACCAGCAUUCAGUCAGUUUAGUCCUAUUUCUAGCCCAGAGCCGGAAGAGACUAUUCAGGAUGCUCAUGUUGUGGAUAGCAUUAAAAGAGAUGAGAGACCUUACCUUGGUUCUGUUGACCUGUAUGUUUCUACAGCAAAUUCUUUGAUGGACAGGACAAGGGAACGACCUGAACAAGCUGUGACUGAGCUGAGUAUGUUUGAUGAAUAUUCUAAAAAACGAGAGAAAGCAAAUGAGAUUAGAAACUGUAACAUGAAGGAUGCCAGCUUGGGGCAGAGGACAAACUCAAUAAAUCUAUCUGAAGGUGCAGAGAAAAACGACAAGGACUUUGAUAAAAGCAGCAGUUUGUUUGACAGCUUGCAGCCGUCAAGUGAUCUCCAUAAUAAUAACAUAGAAGAGCCAAAGAGCAGCAGUGUUCCCGAGAUGAGCUUGUGCUCUUCUGUCCCACCUCGGCAGCGUUUAAAAUCAGAUCAUUCAAAGCUGUCGUCUUGCUUAGCAGCAUUAGUAGCUCUUAAUGCCAAAAAGACAUCAGAAUUCCCAAAGGAAGAACAAAAAGAAAACUUUAAAGAAUCCUUGUUGGCUUUGAAAGAUGGGAUCAAGGGCAGCCCCAAAAUGGCAAAGUCACCAAAGAGUCCAAGAAGUCCAAUGGAGGGAGUAAAGAAAAUCAUAAACAAACAGCCUGAUAGCCCAAGGAGUGUGUCCAGUGACUACAGUGGCAAAGGCUCCCCCUACGUUGCAACAGGUUCACCGCCAGCCAUCCCGAAAGUAAGAAUCAAAACCAUUAAAACUUCCUCUGGUGAAAUUACCAGGACUGUGACCAGAAUAAUGCCAGAUUCCGAACAAAGUGAGUCAAGGAGUUCACCAGAACAGUCGCUGACUGAAAUGGCUUUUGCUGAGGAGUUAAAUUUAAGAUCUAGCCCUGUGACCAUUUCAUCGUCACAGACCCAUACUUCAACAACAGUGGAAAAUGGAAGGAAGCAAAUGUCAGCCAGAAACAUGGCUAAUGCAGUCAGUUCUUUAGCUGGUAUUCCUGUCAAAGGACAUGACGACAUAGAUGAUAACAGCAACUCGAAAGCCAUAGCUGUAACAAAUGUACUAGCUGAAGAUGCCCACAGUGUCACCAUGAAGGUUGCUGGCACGGCCCAACAUAAACAGGCUGCAUCAAAGCACUCAUCUAAUAUCUCUAGCACAAGUCUUCUGCCAAAAGCUGUUCACCUGGCAAGCCUUAACUUGGUUCCGCACAGUGUUGCAGCUACUGCUACUGCAAAGUCCAGCACUUUACGGCAGAGCCAACAAAAGAUUGCCACUCAGGUGGUAACAGUGCCACUGGUACAACAAGUCAAGAAUACAGUUCCACAACAUAAUGAAUCUCCUACUUCAAAUCAGAACAUUGUUGUUGAAGCUUUUAACAAACUGUUAAAUAGUACAAAUCCUGUGCCAAUCUAUGCGCCAAACCUUAAACCACCUGCAAAUAGUAAUGUAACCAUGCCAGCUCGUGGCUAUCGUUGUUUGGAAUGUGGAGAUGCAUUUGCUCUAGAAAAGAGCUUAUCACAGCAUUAUGAGAGGCGAAGUGUCCACAUUGAGGUGAUGUGCAGCCAUUGUUCCAAAAUGAUGGUCUUCUUCAACAAGUGUAGUUUGCUUUUGCAUGCACGGGAGCACAAAGGCAAAGGUGCAGUUAUGCAAUGCACUCAGUUACAGAUGAAGCCCAUCCCUUCAGACCAAAUGUUUUCAACUACCCCAGUGACAUCUUCGGUUCCGUCUGGUCCUCCUGCCCAGGCUGCGACUUCUGCCCAAACUGUUGGGAGUUUAACAGUAAUUGGGGUUGACAACCCACCUUUUACUCAUCCUGCCAUGCCUCUGCGCUGUGAUUCACUUCGAUUAAUACGCCAUGGCUUAAAAUGUCUUGAAUGCUAUCAGCAGUUCCAGGAUUACAACAACCUUGCGGGGCAUUACCAGCAGGUGACAGAUGAUGCUGAUGCACCGAGUUGCCGAGUCUGCCAGAUGAUGCUGCCCAACAAAUGCAGUUAUGCUGCUCACCUCCGCAUCCAUGCACACAAGUCCCCUUAUUGUUGCCCAGAGUGUGGUGCAGUGUGUCGUUCAGCUGAUUUUCAAACUCACAUCAAGGAAAGGUGCCUACACUAUGCACGGACAGUAGUGUAUAGGUGCGUGCACUGUGGAAUCAUCUUUAGUGAUUCGAAUACACUCAAGAGUCACCUUCAAGGCACCCACUGCGAAUUUUUCCACAAGUGCACAAUUUGUCCCAUGGCCUUCAAGUCAUCCCAAAGUGCCAGCUCUCAUUACAGCUCUCAACAUCCAUUAGUUAAACACUGGCAAUCUGAAGUCAUCUUAAAGUGUUCAAUGUGCGAAACUGUAUUCAACCAGCGAGCUUUGUUACAUAAACACUUGGAACAGCACAAAAACAAGUUGAGAGUGUGUGUGUACAAGUGUCCUGUGUGUAAACUGCUCUACAUGCACAAACAACUGAUGAUGGAGCACUUCAAGGAUGUUCACAACAAUGCACAAACCACAGACAAGCCUCCAAGCCCCCUGUCUCCCUCCAAGGACACAUCCAGUGACCAAAAAGCAUCUACAGUGCAAGCAGCUGCUAAUGGUGUCAUCUCCAACAGUUUGAACAACGACAAAAAAGACGAAGCUACUGUGGAGAAGUCUGAAACGCGACCAAAAGUUAGGAGGCCUGGUUGGACGUGUGCCGAAUGUCUACAGUGGUUUCCAGAGAGAGAGCUCUAUGUAUCCCAUAUGAAGAGAAGUCACGGAAAGUCUAUGAAGAGGUAUCCAUGCCGACAGUGCGACCGCUCCUUUAACUCCUCUCUCAGCCUACGGAGACAUAUCCGAGUUAACCAUGAUGGUGUCAAGAGAACCUACACUUGUUGGUACUGCACAGAUGAAAAGCACUUUUUUGCUAAGCGCUUCAUGCUGGAGAAACACAUCAACCUAAUGCAUGGUAUUAAGAAUCCAGACUUCAACCAGAUGCCAAAAGCUGUGCACAUGUGCACAGACACAACAGUGGAGGACUUGCCUGGCAAGCGAAUGGCUAGUGACUCAGAAGUGGGUGAGCUAGCCAAUUCUGACAUCUUGGCAUCACUUCCUAAGAAGCUGAAGGUCACAGUGUUCAAGCAAUACAGAUGUUCCAUAUGUGGCUACAUGACCAAGAGCGAAGCUGACUUUCAGCAGCACAUACCUCAGCAUAAGUCUGAUGGUUCCACCUUUCAGUGUUCCCAGUGUGGGCUCUGUUAUACAUCUCCACUCUCUCUGAAUAGGCACCUCUACAUUGUCCACAAACUCAAGGAACCUGAGAAGGUUCAUGCAGCCGACGUGGUUCGUGAAAAUGGACAAGAUGAACACAACAGGGAGUCAAACACUACAUCAGAGGAGGACAUUGAUCUUCAGUGCCAGGUCUGCAAAGAUGUUUUUGACAGUGAAAUGGCAUUGAGCGCUCAUGUACGGACUCAUGGGAUGAGGUUUAUACUAUCCAAGCAGAAUGGAGGAUCGGAACAGUGACUGCACCGACACUAAGGGGAGACUUAAUAAUCCUUCUCCAUCCUGAAUGAGUCAUGCGGUGACCUCCUGAGAUAAACUUGCAUUCAUUGAUACAUUACACAGCAAGCUGUAGACAAGUGAAGGAAAGUGGUACUUAUUCAAUGUUAUCAGACAAGCUUCUCCCUGUCCUUGUAAAGUUCUAUGGAAAUGAAAUAAGUGUUGCUUCAGGAACCACCAUCCUGAAAACGCUAUCUUUUUUUCCUUUUUCUUGCUGGUAUUGAACAGUAGAUUUUAUAUUUUCUAUUACCCGAUGCACAAGCAGAACCUCACAGAGAAAGCAAGCCAAAGAUGCUUUCUUGCACCCUCCAGCCCUUAACGCCCUCAAACAUUUGUGACACGUUUUUACUUGUUAUGUGGUUUUGCACUUGCGUGUCUCAGGCCAGCUUCCACUUAAACUCCGCCAUGGUCUUGGGUAGCUCAGAAGCUAUAAUUAAAGUGAGCAGAAUCAUGUCCGACUGCUUUUGUGUUGGACUGUCAGAAUUGGGAAUCAAAGGUUCAGUGCUUUUAUCUUUGAAGCAAAUGAAGUGACUCCAAAUGAAUGGAUGCUCCCUUUUUUAAAAGAAAACAUAUUGACAUUUGUUAUGCAUGCAAAAUGGAGUCACAACAUUGAAGUAGCUUAUCUUAAAUGUCUUGUCUACCCAACCCUUGUUUAGAAGUAAGUAUACUGAGUGUAACUCUGCAAUCAGUGGUGAUGUCCUUUUUUGUCACCCUUUUCCUUUUUGUGUGUUUUGUUGGGCUGGCAACCUCUGGGGUUAAUGUUUUUCCUCCUUUGUAACUUUUCAGGUUUGUUUCCUCCAGUCUGUGUGCCCGUUGCUCUAGUGACAAAGCACAGCAUCAUUCCACUCAGACCAUAUCUGCAGCACAUACUCUUGAGUGCUCUUGUUGUAGUGAACAACACAGGCAUGGUGAAUUACGUCUGACAGUUACUCACUAAACUCCUACUUAAAAAUCACUUCACUGACUUUGUUUCCAUCUUGAGGUCCAGAGCUCUCAUACGUUGCACCCCUAUAAAACAAUGUGAAAAGCAUUACUCAAAAAUGAGUCGUGCAGUAUUUUAACAGACAUUUGAGGAUGGUUCAAGAUUAUAUCAAUGUAGGUGUAACAAAUCCUAUAAAAUCACACUUUGAUGUUAAACUGGAGGCAAAGCUACUUUAGACUUACAGCAUAGAAACAGACCCUUUGGCCCAUUAAGUCAGUACUGGCACCUUUACCUGCAUGAGCCAUCUAACCUAACCUAGUAGAAGUUUAAACAUAACUGCAGACCCAUUGGUUUUACUCCCAUUCCUGAGGGAGUGCUAUGCUUUGUGGAUGGAGAAGGCAAUGGAGCACUGUUAGGGGAGUGGCUCGGUGUGUUAUGUGUAGCCUGAGACCCCAAAGCUGCUCAUAAAGGCCAGGUGACCUCUUCAGAAUGGUUCGAAUUUGCCCAAAAGUGGGGACACAGCUACGAAGUGAGAGGAAAAGCUAGUGUAACAUUCACAGCUUUUACAAAGAAAAAAACACAGCAUAUUGGAAUCAACAUUGGAAAGAUUGGACUAAUGUUGGACUUUGGUCUUCGUUUACUGAGGGCAAGCUGGUUAAGCAUAAUUUCAAUAAUGUAUAUUUCUGAAAUCUGGAAACAUCCCAUUUCCUAUUAAUUUGCAACACCCCUUCAUCAUGUUGAAAGAUUUCCCACAAACUCGAGCCACUAGAAUUUUAAGUGAGAUUUGCGAUUUACAUUGUGUCAUGUGAAUGUGUAAUUAAAAUGACUGAAUUACUCCAGGACCAUAAUUUAAUUAUUAUCUUCUGAGAGUGUGCAACACUUGCAUUUGGCCCUAGGAGGAGUUACCUGCCUGACAUUGCUGAUUUGUUGAGCCUAUAGUGGUACUCUGUGCAUCAAACACUGGCAAAGGUGCAGGUACCUUACAGAAUCCAUGUCCAGAAUUUGACUGGAUUUUUACAAGGGUUGGAUUCCACACAGACAUCAGUUCAAUGCCAUUCAGCCAAAAUUCCAGUUCUGUUCACAUUUAGACUCUUUCAGUCAGGUGUUUUGCACCAUUUACUGUUCCAUUGAGAUGUAAGGUGCAAGAUGUUGGCUUUGCAAGGGCAGCAGUUAGUAGCACUGUCUCCAAAUGUGAGAUCUACUUUUAGUUAAAACUAUGUGAUUAGUGAUAACUAUACCAUCAACUAUUACCCAUUAUUCUGUCUGUUAAACUAAGUCAUCAGGGAAGUUACUCGAGCAUGCAAUAGGUUUCAUAGAAAAAAUGUAUUAGAACAGAAAUUAAUUUUUGACACUGGGUUAGUUAUUUUGAAUUUGUACAUGGCAACAUGGUGGCUCAGUGGUUAGCACUGCUGCCUCACAGUGUCAGAGACCUGGGUUUGAUUCCAGCCUUAGGCAACUGUCUGUGAGGAGUUUGUGCAUUCUUCCUUUGUCUGCGUGGGUUUCCUCCCACACCCAAAGAUGUACAGGUUAAGUGGAUUAGCUAUGGGAAAUAUGAGGUUACAGGGAUAGGGUGAGGGGUAGGUUGCUCUUCGGAGGAUUGGCGAGGACUUGAUGGGCCAAGUGGCCUGCUUCCACACUGUAGGGAUUCUAUGAGUCUAGUUAAAGAAGUCCCACUACUUCCCAGUCAUUGGUCAGACAUUGGGCCCACUGUUUGCAUUCUGUGUGUUACAGAAGUUUAUUUUGCAUCUGCAAAGCAAAGAUCGGACUCUGGUGCUGGCGACCAGAGAGUUGCACGAGCCACUGAAACCAUUCCUUUCAAUUAAAUGAAUUUCAAAUAAAUUACCAAUUAUCUAGCACUUGUGUUAGGUUGAAACCUGAUGUUCAAGGUACAGAGAAGACCUCUGAAUUGUGCAGAUUUCUUCACGUGGUUUAAUUAUUUAAUCUCACAUUGUUCUUCAUGUUGAAUGGAGAUUAUGGAAAUGACAAGCAGGCUGAGGUGGAUGUAAACUGGCUAAGCCCGUACGAUGCAGCAAACUGACUGGACUUUCCAUUGUCUAUCCAUUUUCCUUCUCCCAAGUUACAGGAAGUAAGAAUGGGGAUCUUGUUGGUUUGAAAGGUGCUUUUCUUGUUGCACAAGGCUGCACACUGACUUGUUUGCUUUUUUUCAGUCUCUCCAUGCCCAUUGAAAGGAAUGCCCAGUGAUCCCAUUCACCUUGCUGUAAAUCAUUUCAGAGUAUCGCUGAAGCCAUUUAAUGACAGCAUCCCUCACUUCCCCGAGCCCCCUCCCUCCCCACCACCUACCCCGGGACAAGUAACAUGUUCCUCUGUGUCUGCUCACGCCUUUUAAGCAGACACUGUAGAAUGUAUGAGAUUGAGUCAGAGUCUGUGCCAAGAUUUCCUUCAUAAAUGGGCUGUGCCACGAGGAAGGAUGCUUAUUAACUGGCUUAUGCACUGCCAUUCUCACUGCUAUCCAUGCGAAUGGCACUAAAGUAAUUUACAGGAGGAUCAAAUAAAGUAUUUUAAAAAUUAAAAGAAACAGAACUAAUGUAAUUCCCUGCUUAAAUGACCACUGUACUGUACCUUACUUAAAUUUUAUAAAAUUAGUUUCUUUAAAGAAAAAUGUAUCUCCCAUAUUACUCAAUUUUAUAAAUUACUUUGGAGAUUUAUAUUUAAUUGUAGUCAUAUUGACUAAAAUUUUCACGUGGACUUCCUAUUUAAGUGCUGUACUACCUUACGCUGUUGUGUUCACGUGACCUUAUAUUAUUACACUUAAAGGGUGUACCCCAGACUCUGAGCACAAUUUUGUCAAGAACUCACUCUCCUCUAAAGAAGUAUUCAUUUUAAUUGAUUUCAUUUACAUAGUGCAGUUCUUGCUAAGUUGCAUCCUCUUGAUAUGGACAGUAACUUACUUGUUCCCAAGAGGUGGUUUACUUAUAUUUACUACGUAGAAGAAAUUAGUAAAUCUGGAUAAUGCAAGGAGCUGGAUAUAGAAAGGGUUUUAAUCAUUGUGCAUCAAUUCAGAGUCUGGAGUCUACCUUUAAUAUUUUUGAGCCAGAAUUCAGCUUUAUUAUUUACAGAUAAAAUAAUUUAAAAUAUUUAUCUUACGGAAUUCAGCUCUGUUCACUUCCUUAUUUCACUGUUUUUGAUACAACGUAUAGACAUUUGUACUUUUUGAUAAAUGUGUACAGUAGCGUGUAGAAAAACAUUUUGCAAAGUAACCUGUGUAGUUUGUUAAGGGUAGGUCUACAUAUUAUCAGGGAUUUUUCCCACCCCAAGCCAUCACCUCUCUAUUUAAUCUGCAUUGGCCUCUGUGCCUUCUUAUUAUGUUUACUUAAAAUAUUUCAAAUAAAAGCAACAGAAAGUUAA